AUGUCACCAGCAACGGAAGAAUUUGUAUGCCCGGAUUGCAAUAGAAAAUAUGAGGUGAGGCAUGAAUAUUCAUAAAUUUCUUAUAAAAAACGAGAAUAAUUUAAGGAGGCAAGUUGGACGAAUAAUCCAUUGCCAUGUCCAUUUAUAGAGCAAGUUAAUGCAAGAUGUGCGAUAGUUAUAAAACCCUCAAGUGGAUUCUUCACAUCUUAUCAAAUUGGCGAUGAUUUACACAUUGGCAUAUGCGAUUCGAAUUCAGUUAUACAUUCCUAUUGGACAGAUGGAAUUGUGGCACAAGACACAAGUUGGGAUAAAUCAAUUCUGGUCUACGAUUUUCUGCCUGAUUUCUCCAACAAUACACAGUGGUUUGAUUCAACACUUGUAAAUUUUAUUCAACAUUCUGCUGGUCGAUUUCAAAUUGAUUCGUACAAUGAGUUCGAAUGGAAUUGCUUUGACUUUGUUAUGGAAUUUUUGAAAUUCAUCAAUUUUCGAAAUUACACCAAAGUUCACUUCGUCUCCGAAUUUUUGCAAGAAACUCUACGCAAUUCGAUGAAAUAUUGUAGUCUUGUUAGCAAAGUACAAGAAAAAGGGUAUAUUAUGAUCGGAUAAUAAGCUUUGUUAUUUUUAUGUGUUUUUUUUUUUGAGAGAAAUUGUGAUACUUAUAUUUUUUACUUCAUAAACCUCAGGUCUUCUAUAUUUGUUUCUUUUUCAAUUUUCUUAUUGGUUUACAAAAAACCACGCGAUAUAUUCAAUUUCAUCCAGAGUUUUCAAAAUUUCAACAAAAUUUUGCAGAUGGCCGAAUUCUUAGAGGAUCUCGAAUCAACUGACGCUGACAGAUCGAUGGAUGCCGCCAGUUUUCAAAAUCAACAAUUCGAGAUUUUCCAACAUGAUUAUCGAGAAAAUGCGGAAACUGAUUGCAAAGACGACGAUGGAAAUCAUACAAAUUGUAAACAUGCAGAUGAUGAAUCAAGAAAAUCGAAGAAGGAAUUGAUUAAUGUGACGAGAAGAUUGCAGAAAGCGAUGGUUGCGAUGGAAAUGUGAGCAAUUUGAAUUAAAAAAAAAAUAAAAAACUUGGUUUUGAGACCUGGAAAUUUGAGUUUCAUUUUCAAAACGAAAAACAGCUUAAUUUUCUUUGUGAAAAUAUUUACAAAGGCCUUUCUUGAAUAAUUGGAAAUUUUUUAUAGAAAAAAUUUCACUGUUUCAAAGCUUUUUAUUUAUAUUAACUAUUAUGAUCAUAAUUAUUAGAAAAAUCUUUUUAUUACCUUUUUGCGCACAAUUCAUUUAAAAAAAACUAACCCAUGCAAAUUUUUGGGACCUUUUAUCUACAAUUUUUUAAUAGGCUCGAACCGAAAAUCUUGAAACUUUCUUAAUGUUUCCCUUUAAACCCUUACUCAUAUUCCAGGAUGGCUGGCAAAGAAGUGAUAUCCGAUUUGAGUAUCGCAAUCACCGAUAUCAACAAUCAACUUCGCAAUGCAAUUCUCAAAGACAAUGCCGAAUUUUCAACAACAAGUGUCAGUUUACCAGAUUAUGAUACAACUGAUAUGCAAUUGCUCAUGGGAACCGAUGAAGUUAGCCCAACUAAACCAAUGUUGGAAAGAAUUCGUGAAGAACAACAAAAAAGCAAACUCGAAUUGAAUUUGAUUGUUGCUCAGGCCAAUAUAUUAUUACAAGAAUACGAUCAUAUUCGAAAUGGUUUACCAACGCGAAAUUAA